CGGGAUCUUGUGUAACGCCCCUGAAUACGUCUAUAGGAUGUUUCCUAUCAGAUGUCAAAUAGACGUUUAGAAAAUGUCUUUAAGAUCUUUAUGAUUUAGCAUGUUAGGUAAAACUGACUGUCAGAUGUUUGUACACAGCAGAUGCUUUGCAGAUGAACCGAUCUUUAACAGACAUCUUGCAGACGUACGUGUGCUAUCUGGAUAGUGACCUUGCAGAUUACAUUUCUGUUAACCAAUUUAAAUUACCCCUAAAGCUAAAUCGGAUGUUUGGCGAAGCAGCUACCUCUGCUGAUUGGAUAUUGCCACUGCAGUUCACGCAUCCUGCGUUUUCACCAUGGUUUUCACUCACUGCAAGACCAGGAACCAGCUCAACAUUACAUCAGUAUAACUGGCGAGAUGUCUCCGUUAAUGUGAUUUAACACAAGAAUGCGUCAAAAGGAGCCACUCACUUAAAUUCAUCAAAAGUGAAUUAUUUUUUAUUUUUUUAUCAUUAUGCUAUUCUUUCUUUUUUUUCUUUCAGUCGUGGUCCACACUGCAUAUUUAUUGGAUUCUUCAUGUAAAGAGUUAAUAAACACGAAGGACAGCAUUUUUUAUUUCAAACGUCAUACAGAAGGGCGUGAUAAACCCUACUCGUGUCCGAGAUAAAAAAUCUCACGUUGCUGGGUAACACUGGGAAUAAAUAAGCACAAAAUAAUGAGCACACAGCCAUCACAAACAAUAUACUGUUAAGCAGAUUAGUCCCCACUUAUCCCGCUGCGUCUAUUCGCUUUCCAGAGGCACAGUGUGCACUAAGUUGCCUCCUUCAUCCUCGUCUUGGUUUCUGUUCGCAAUCCCCUCAGAAUCGGAGAAUCGGGUGCGCAACAGCAGAGUCUGCGCGCCGUGAACGUUGUGACACUGUGCGAACGGAGAGGAAUCAGCAGAGCGCGGAAGAAUAAUGAUCCCGCUCCGGGAGAAUCGGAUUUUCUUUGCGCCCAGCAAUGAAUAAAUAAACAGGACGGUUGGAAAAACUCCGGGCGGAUCGGCCAGUCGUGACCACGGGAGACUACGCAUAUAAGAUCGUUUCAUGUCAGUUCAAGUCAGUGCAUGAGAAGACCACCAACCGCAUAGUCGCUCUCAGAAUGCAGGCGUGAGAAGAAACGUACUACGGCGGGGGAAUUAAAGUGCGACGACGGGCGAGUGAACGGCACCCCCACAACAGUCUUGAGGGCCAGGGACUGCGCGCGACUGCAGGGCACCAGCAUGUCGAACCGAAAGCACCGGGACAACCAGGAGAUAUGCGCCCGCAAGGUCCGAGAGCUCGCCCAGACGGGAGUAAACAAGCACUGCUUCGAGUGCAACCAACCCGGGGUGACUUACAUCGACAUCACCGUGGGCUGCUUCGUAUGCACGUCAUGCUCCGGAAUGCUGAGAGGGCUCAACCCACCCCACAGAGUUAAGUCUAUUUCCAUGACCACCUUCUCCCAACAGGAAGUGGAGUUUUUGCAAAACCAUGGGAACGAGGUUGGAAGGAGGACCUGGCUCUGCACAUUUGACCCCAAAACAGAUGGCUGUUUUGACGUGCGUGACACACAGAAGCUGAAAGAGUUCUUGCAGGACAAAUAUGAGAGAAAGAAAUGGCAUUUCUCUAAAAGCAAGAUUCGCAGGGAUGUGAAUGAGUCACCAUGGGGUCCAGGGGUUCAGGCUGUUCCAGCUCCACACGGACCCGCUCAGAAUCAGCCUCCGCCUGGACAUCCUCUGAACCCCAAUGCCAGACCCACUCGCACACUGUCCCAGUCCCAGUUGUCAAUAUGGGACAGAGGUCCUGCUGUCUCCCCAGCUGAUAACUGUACUGAGGUGUUCACUGCCAGACCAACUCGCUCACAGAGCUUCAGAGAUCAUCCCAUUAAAGACACAUUGUUAAGUGGUGUGGAGAGACAGAGACCAGGAACGAUUUCUUCUGGAAUGGGACACCAGAAUCAUCCCUCCUCCUUUCCAGCCCUUCCACGUCCUUCAGCAAGUAGCACUUUCAAAAACAGCUUUACUUUAGGUCGCACUCUGUCAACUGGGCGUGGAGCUCCAUUUAGAGCUUUUCCUAAAUCGCUAAGUUUGGAUUUUGGGGGUCUAAGCCACGCCCACAGCACUCUAAGUUCUGCUGCUCCACCCCCUGUCACUCAGGAUAAGUAUGCAGCCUUAUCACAGCUUGAUAAAGUGUUCUCAGACAACACACCUGUCACAGCCAUUACAACAGCUCCCUCUGAUGGACCCCCUCAGUAUAGCACCCUCUUUAGUAACCGAGUGUCCUCCAGUUCCACCCCUGCAAGCUCUCCAGGUGUUCCAGAGGCCACCUCUGGAUCUCAAACAUUUGCAUAUUUCCCAAACCCCUUCAAUUCUACAGCCAGUUGUACCCAGCCUGUUCUGUCUCCUAGCAACCCCUUCAAAAGCACAGCCUCAGAUGAUGCCUCCUCCUCAGCCGUCUUUCCUCAGUCUGUCUCUUUUCCUGCACCUGCCACCCAAAGUGCUUUUUCACACCAACAGUCUAGUAACCAGGAAGCGAACGGUUUCAACUCGUUUCCUGCCCCCGAGUCUGUACCUAAAGUCCCACGACCAAUGUCUGUCAACCCCUUUACUGGGAAUGUUUACCCGAGCAGAGGAGCAUCACUGAACCCUUUCAUCUGAACCACCUCGGCCAUGGAAAAAGAGGAGAGCGAGUGGAGCUUGUUUACUUUGCCAUACCUACAAAAAACACCCAACACUUUUGUGUGCGUCUUCUUGUAUGUUUAAAGGUGUGUGUGCGUUUGUUAGCAGAUAUUGUACAUGUACAGUAACUACUUGUACAUGCUUUGUUGUAUGUGUGUAUGCGAGUGUGUGUUUGUACGUGCCCUUUUGUACCAGAUGCUAUAAAUUAAGCUGUGAGUGUGUGUGUUUGUGUACAUUUGUGUGGGUUUUGCCUAAUAUCAGAGGAAUUUUUCUGUUAAUAGGAGAACUUCAGAUGAAAGGUGCUUAUGAGAGCCAUUCACUCACAAACACACACACACACACACAAGCUGCUGCUUUGACCUUUCUACACAUUAGAACUUCUCGUGCCAAUAUCACCCUAACCUGAGUGCCCACGUACUUCACUGAAACACUGAGGUCGACACAUUAUAAUAAAACAGUAGCAAUUCAAGCUUCAGAUUAUCUCAGUAAUGCAUUUCUCCUCAGUGCCGAUUUGGUUUAUUUGAUUCAGAUGCAUGUUAAAAAAAAAAAAAAACGGCAUAAACAAAACAGUCACUUUUUUGUCUGUGUAUGUAUGCCAAGCUUGUUUCUAUUUAUUUUGACGUUGACGUUUCAUUUCAAACGUUAAUAAGUAUUUGUGUGUGCGUUGUUGAACUGCAUGCGCUUCUCAAGCUGAGCAGGAAGCUGCUGAAUGUACUGCAGUUUCAGUUAUUAUGAGGGAAAAACCUUUCUUGUAUGGACCAAAAAUUGUCUAAUAUCGUCAAGUUUUCUGUAUAAUGUAGAGAUGACUUCUUUUGCAAAAGGAUUCAUAUAGAAUGUCUUUGUAUCCAAAUGUAUCCAUAUACAUAAAGCUGUCCAUAACUGUUGUGUCAUUGUGUAUUGUUUAUGUGAUGCAAAUCAAACUGAAUUUGCUGCUUUUGGAAUUUCAUGCAAUAUCUUUUUAUGACAGCAUCAUUUGUAUUCUGUGAAGAUCAUUAUUGCAUUUUGAAUGUAUUUGCACUCUAUGAACAUUAGGGCUUUCAACUGAAAAUUAAAAUGAAAAGUAUAAAUUUCA